ACAUUCUGCUAUAACAACAACUGCUUAACAUAUCUUUCGAAUAAGGAAGAUUCAGAAUGGUUCCCUCAGAAACCUAGGCGCCACAGGCAGAUAGCAACAGCAGAGCGAGGGUAUACGCCCAGCACAACUACGAGCAGCAACAACUCGGACUGCUCCGAUAUUACUGAACGAAGCAUCCAGGCGCUGAAGGAAGAGCUUAACAACAGUGCCCUUCGCUAUUCCUCAUCAUCUGUACCAGACACUAUAACCAGAGAAAUGAACAAAGGAUGA